UGCCAGUGGCCUCCCUGAUGGCAGGUGCUCAUGUCUUACGGACCAGCCAGUUCCUGCUGGAAGCCCCUGGUCUGAUCUAGGAAGAUCAUGUCCAAGCCCCCCGACCUCAUGCUGCGGCUGCUCCGGGGCACCCCAAGGCAGUGGGUCUGCACCCUGUUCUUCAUCAUCGGCUUCAAGUUCAUGUUUUGCAUCUCCAUCAUGAUCUACUGGCACAUUGUGGGAGAGCCCAAGGAGCAAUGGCAGCUCUAUAACCUGCUGGCAGAUAUUCUUUGCCCCACCAUGGCACCCCUCACCCCUCCCUCUUACAGCCCCCCUCUGGGCAAGAUCUUCUUCCUAGAGACUUCGGACCACACCAACCCCAACUUCCUCUUCAUGUGCUCAGUGGAGUCAGCCGCCAGAACUCACCAAUCCCGUGUGCUGGUCCUGAUGAAAGGGCUUCCAGGUGGCAAUGCCUCCCUGCCCUGGCACCUGGGCAUCUCGCUUCUGAGCUGCUUUCCCAAUGUCCAGAUGCUCCCACUGGACCUGCAGGAGCUAUUCCGGGACACACCUCUGGCUGACUGGUACACAGCGGUGCAGGGGCGCUGGGAGCCCUACCUGCUGCCCGUGCUGUCUGAUGCCUCCAGGAUCACACUCAUGUGGAAGUUCGGUGGCAUCUACCUGGACAUGAACUUCAUUGUCCUCAAGAACCUGAGGAACCUGCUGACCAACGUGCUGGGCACCCAGUCCCUCUAUGUCCUCAAUGGCCCCUUCCUGGCCUUCGAGUGCCAGCACGAGUUCAUGGAGCUGUGCAUGUGGGACUUCAUGGACCACUACAACGGCUGGAUCUGGGGCCACCAGGGCCCCCAGCUGCUCACACAUGUCUUCAAGAAGUGGUGCUCCAACUACAGGCUCACUGAGAGCCACGCCUGCCACGGGGUCACCACCCUGCCCCCUGAGGCCUUCUACCCCAUCCCCUGGCAGGACUGGAAGAAGUAUUUUGAGGACAUCAGCCCCUAGGAGCUGCCCCAGCUGCUCAAUGCCACCUAUGCUGUCCACGUGUGGAACAAGAAGAGCCAGGGCACACACUUCGAGGUCACGUCUAGGGCGCUGCUGCCCCAGCUCCAUUCCCGCUACUGCCCCACAAUGCAUGAGGUCAUGAAAAUGUACUUGUGAGGGGCCCACCAGGCCACCUCCCCGACCCACUCCCGAUGGAGGGGGCACUUGGCCACCCUUACUGGGGAGGCGAGAUUGAGGACCCAGGAGAGGGAGGUCUGAGCUGCCACCAGGCUUAGGCUGUUGCAAAGGAGGAGCUGUGGGAGCAGGCCCAGUGGGAGGCUGUGGACACCCUCAAGACAGUGCCCUGUGUCAGGGCAAAGCUGACACGUGGUGCCAGGGCCAGCAGAGUGAGCUCAGUGAGUGCCCCGGGACUUCUGGAUGGCAGAGAGAAGGAUGAACCUUAGGGCACCCCUGGGUGGCAUGGGAAGCCAGACGGUUUGGGCAGAGGUGCCCUUGAGGCCAGUGCUAAGGGGAAGGAGGGAUGAGAUUCCAGAGAGGAGAGGAGGCAGAAAGA